AUGGCACCGCCCCACGCUGGACGGACGGACGGACUGACGGAUGCGAGCGUGAAUUCCAGCUGCACCGGUUCGCCGAAGUCGGUGGACACUUGCGACGGCGGCUGCUCUGGUCGACUUCUGGGGCGUCUGAUCAAGGACGACGAGUACCAGGUUAGAGGAAGAAGACAAGAUCCACGAAAAAGUCACCGAACAUCUGUUAACAACAACAACAACAACAACAACAACAACAACAACAACAACAACAACAACAACAACGACGACGACGACGAUGACGACGACGACGACGACGACGACGACGACGACGACGACGACGACGACGACAAUCACGAUGACCUGCGCAAAUAA